CUCUAACUCCUCCAAUUCAAUCCGGAAUCCAACACCACACCACAGGUGCAUCUUGUACUGAUCGACCACCUAGCUAGCUACUUCGCUACCAUGGCCAAGAAGCAGAAGCUCUGGCAGCGGCUCUUCUCCGCGCUGCUCUCCUUCCUCCUCCACGGCAAGAGGCCUCCGAUCUCCAGCAGGUCCAGCUCCACCUCAUCACCGCCGCCGCGGGAGCAGCACCCUGCCUCGCUGCACUUCCAUCCUCCUCCCGGCAUGGCGGCCGAAAAGCUCGCCACCGACGGGCGGACGCUCGUCCUCGACAUCGACGGCGGUCUCCUCGUAUCGUCUUCGUCUUCAUCAUCGUCAUCCCUCUUCCCCUACUUCAUGCUCGUGGCCCUGGAGGCCGGGGGCAUCCUGCGAGGCGCCUUGCUCCUCCUCCUCUACCCGAUCAUCCUCUGUCUCUCCGCCUGCGUCGGCAAAGGCGGCGGCGAAGACGCGGCCGUGAGGCUGAUGGCCAUGGCGGCCUUCUGUGGGCUCCGAGAGAACCGGUUCCACGCCGGCCGCGCCGUGCUGCCCAGGUGGCUCAUGGAAGACGUUGCGGACGGCGGGAUCGAUAUCGAGGCGAUGACGAGCGGGGGAUCGAGGGUGGUGUGCGUGACGAGGAGGAUGCCGACGGUGAUGGUGGAGGGGUUCCUGCGGGAGUACCUCGGCGCGGAGGCCGUCGUCGGGAGGGAGAUGAAGGUGCUCUGGGGCUUCUACACCGGUCUCAUGGAGGAAGAUGGUCGUGGAGACGAGGCCUUGAAGAAGAAGAUCACGGUGGAUGAUGCUGUGGGGUUCUCUGGAUCCGUGGAGUUUCUCCAACAUCCUAUCUCCCGUUAUUGCAAGGAGAUCUACCUCGUGACACGGGAUCAGGAGGCACCGGCGGCGCUGCCGAAGCCUCGGCCCAGGCAGCUGCACCACCGGAAGCUCAAGCCAGUGGUGUUCCACGACGGCCGCCUCGCGUUCCUCCCGACCGCCGGCGCCACGUUGGCUAUGCUGACAUGGCUGCCUUUCGGCAUGGCCCUUGGAGCUGCCCGUCUGGCCGUCUCGCUCACCGUCCCCUACCGCUAUUCCACGCCCAUCCUCGCCGCCACCGGCAUGUCGUGGCGCCUCAAGGGCUCGCCGCCACCUCCAGCCGGCGUCGGGGGCCGCGGCCGCCACGGGCAGCUCUUCGUGUGCAACCACCGCACGCUCAUCGACCCGGUGUACGUGUCGGUGGCGCUGGACCGCCCGGUCCGCGCCGUGUCAUACAGCCUCAGUCGCCUCUCGGAGCUCAUCUCCCCGAUCGGUCGCACUGUGCGCCUGACGCGGGACCGGGAGCGCGACGGUCAUGCCAUGGCACGCCUCCUGGACCGGGGCGACCUCGUCGUCGUCUGCCCCGAGGGCACCACCUGCCGGGAACCCUACCUGCUCCGGUUCAGCCCGCUGUUCGCCGAGCUCGCCGACAACGUGGUGCCCGUGGGGAUCGCCGUCGAGACAGCCAUGUUCUACGCCACCACAGCCGGCGGGCUAAAGUGCCUUGACCCGCUCUACUACAUAGUGAACCCGAGGAUGUGCUACACGGUGCAGUUCAUGGACCGGGUGCGCACCGCGCCGGCCAAGGAAGGGAAGGUGCCUAGCACCGACGUGGCUAACCUCGUGCAGAGGAAGAUGGGGGAAGAACUUGGAUACGGGUGCACCAUGCUCACCAGAAAGGACAAGUACCUCAUGCUCGCCGGGAACGAUGGCAAGUGCUCCUCUACUCCUGCUCCUGCAGCGACGAAGAUCUAACUUCUAAGGAUAUACUGUAAGUCAUGAUGAUGAAUUAGUUCUGGCUAGACUCUCUCUGUUUCCUGAUCUUGCUAGAACUAAAAAAAAAUAGUUCUAGCUAGCCAGACUUCUGGUUCUUUUUUCUUAACAAGCGGGGUGACCCGCGCAGAUUGUGCGGCUAGAGUUGUAUAAUGAAUGAUAUUUUUCAUGUAUUUUUAUUUUUAGUUGUUUUCGAAA